AUGGCGACCCAAAGACGAACACCCCACGACCGCAUCGCCGCCGGCGAAGAAAAAGAAGCAGAAUUCAAACCUGUUGCUGGAGCAAAGAGUAAUAUUGCACCUGCAGUUCCUGCCCAUGUAAUCUUCAAGCUCCUCGGAUUCACCCUCGCCAUGAUCGUCGUCCCAAUAGGAUCCUAUUUCCUAACUCUAAAUUCUAUCUUCCGAGGAAACUCUACCUUCGCCGGCGCCACCGCCGCCAUCAUGGCCAACGUCGUCCUCAUGGGCUACGUGAUCGUCGCCAUGCGAGAAGAUCAGAGCGAAGCACUUGAAGCUGCCGCGAAGGAAGAGGAAUCCAAAAAGUCUUUGUAG